UUCUGCACAGUCCUAAAGGGAGAAAAUUUCGAUUCUCAUAGAUCGAACCCUUUUCUCUCUGUUUAGUUUCCGAUCAAUUUUCCUGCAUUUUCUUGGUGAUUUUCUGCAUUUUCUCGGGAAAAAGAGGGAAAGUAUGAGUAUUUGGCAGCAAAUUUGUCAGCUUUUUUUUCUGGGAGUGACAGAAACGACACUGUUCCGAAAUAAAUAAGCCCACUUUUCUUUAUUGAGUUAGCUCUGCGUUAAACUUUGAAGGGCAAGUUUUUGGUCUCGAAAGUGGACCAAUUAUUAGUUCUGGUUUGUGCUUGGUGGUUUGGUUUUUGAGUUGAUCUGUGGUGUUUAGGAUAAGAGAAAUGAGGGGUUUUGGGGUUUUGGGGACAUGGGUUUAGGAUAAUUUUCAGAGGUAGCUAUCUGGGUUUUGAGGAUUUGAAGCUAAGGGCGGUAGUUUGGUGUAAUUGAGCAAGUUUUAGGCGCGGGUGAAAAGCUGAGAUCUAUCUUGGUGGUUUCGAAAGGGUAUGCUUAAGGAAUGUGGCUAAAAUAAGUAUGAAAUUCGUGCAAUUGUUAGCAUUUUCAGGUUCUUGAAAUGGUUUAAGCUUCAUAUCUGAAGAAAUAUUGUGGGUUUAGUGCACAUUAUUGUUUGAUUUUGGUUGAUUUUGGUUGAUUUUGAGUUGAACAGGCAAUGUUGGGAUUUGAGUAAAAUUAGAAGUUUUUGCCUAUCUAGGGGAGAAAGAUGAGAUCUUUGAUCUGCCUUGAUUGAAGGUGAUAACCAUCUAUGUCGGGUGCUCCAAGGUUGAGGUCAAUGAAUGUGGCUGAUUCUGAGGCCAGGCCAGUAUUGGGACCUGCUGGAAACAAAGCAGGUUCACUGACUGCAAAGAAACCCACAUCAAAGCCAUUAAGAAAGGUUGAGAAGUCACCCAUGGAGGUCACUACAGCAGAGGAGAAGAAAGUCCUUCCAUCAUCUACGGUUAAUUCUUUGUCUCCAAAAGCACAUUCUGUUACUGUUCCUUCAGUGCUUCAUCGCCACGAGCAAUUGUUGCAUUCCAAUUUAUCACUUAAUGCGUCAUGUUCGUCUGAUGCUUCCACAGACUCAUUUAAUAGUCGAGCAUCCACUGGUAGGUUAACUAGGUCAUACAGUGUAGGAAGUAGGAGAAAGCCAUCUGUAUCAAAGUCAAGAAGUGUUGUUUCUGAUGGCGGGUUGGAUUCACCACCGGAUGGUUUCCAGCAGAAGAAGAGGUGUGCGUGGGUGACACCAACUACAGACCCAAGUUAUGCUGCUUUCCAUGAUGAAGAGUGGGGUAUUCCAGUACAUGACGACAAGAAAUUGUUUGAGCUACUUGUACUCUCAAGUGCAUUGUCUGAACUUACAUGGCCUGCUAUUCUGAGCAAAAGGCAUAUAUUUAGGGAUGUUUUUGCAAAUUUCGAUCCUGUUGCUGUAUCAAAAUUAAAUGAGAAGAAGCUAAUAGCACCAGGCAGCACUGCAAGCUCCCUGUUAUCGGAAUUAAAGCUGCGUGCUAUCGUAGAGAAUGCAUGCCAAAUAUUAAAGGUUAUUGAUGAGUUUGGGUCAUUUGACAAGUAUAUUUGGAGCUUUGUGAACCAGAAACCCAUAGUCAGCAGAUUCCGAUACCCUCGCCAGGUUCCAGUAAAAUCCCCAAAAGCAGAUACAAUAAGCAAAGAUCUGGUAAGAAGAGGGUUCCGGAGUGUGGGUCCCACAGUCGUCUACUCAUUUAUGCAGGUGGCGGGAAUUACGAAUGACCAUCUCACAAGCUGCUUCAGAUUCCAGGACUGUAUAACAGCAGCAGAAGGCAAAGAAGAAAAUGGUGUAAAAGAUAAACCCGAGGACAAGAAAGCCGAUGAGGUGAUUGAAUCAGAGUUAUCCAUAGGUAUUGAUGAGCUGAGUUUCUCAUCAGAAUGAUAUACUAAAGUCCGCAGGUGGAACUCCUCCUGGUUCAAUCAUCAGUUUCCCACUGUUUGUCUGAUUCAAAACUUUACCCUUUGGUAGUAAUGGAGAAUGUGUAUAAAAAUUUCAUGAAUUCCUAGAUUGUAUCAUGGAUUCCUAGAUUGUAGAUUACUAAAAGUAAAUUAUUUAACUGGUGAUUGUGCUGUUGAUUGGGGACCUGUCUGUCGAGGAAGCCUUAAAAUGCUAUAUACGUACACCUUGUAUAUUUGAAAAGGAGGUUUAAUAAUUAGUUUUUGCUUUU